GUGAACUACAAGAACAUCUUCCAUGUCACCAUGUGACAUUAAAAAAAAAAAACUAUAUUGUAUAAAUCUAUAUAUACAUGUACAUUUAUAGUAGCUUAAACUAUAUUCUAUAUAGGAAGUUGAAGGCAGAAAAAAAUUGAAUGACAUUUGAUUAAGAAACAAAAUUUGUUGAGAGUAACAUUUGUAAGAUUUGUGGCAAAUUUCUAAAAAAGGGCCAAGAAAUUUGAAUAUAAAUUCAAAGAAACUUUGCAUGGAAUUCUAAGUGAAAUCAACAAUAAAAUUGAACCAACAUGGCUAGUUUGAAGAACUUCAAUGUAAUCACAGUCAAAGAUGAAGAGAGAAUCCAUCAGAAAGAUAUGCAUCCAUCCUCAAACUCCAUAAAGGCACAAGAUUCAACCUUUCUAAACACAACACUAGUUGGAAAUAUUGUGAGGAAUGUUUUCAAGGUUCUUUUUUAUGUCCACUUACUUCUAAUUUCACUUUUGGUUAUUUCCCUCAUCAUCUAUGGUCUUAUCUUUUCCUCUCACAACCACAAUUUUCAACCAAUGAAGUUCUACCCUCCACUCAUUACCUCAAUAGCAUGUGCUGGAGUUCUUGGUUUCAUUUGGCAAUGGUUCACUUUCAAGAACACCAAAAAUGCCAUCAAAGUAGCAUUUUGGAUUAGCCCUUUGCUUACAUGUUCAAUGGCUAUUAUGUUUGUGUACAUUGAAUCUCCAAUAAGUCUUGCAAUUGGUGUCAUUGCUUUGAUUUCUUCAUUGAUUCAAUCUCUUUAUGGUUGUUGGGUCAAUCAUAGAUUUGAAUAUGCCAAAAAUAUUUUAUCAACUUCAAUAGUUGAUCCUCCUUUAAAAAUCAUGAGGUUUACAUUUUCAACAAUUUUCAUUGGCAUGUUUUAUUGCUUUUUUCUUGUGUUAGGAAUUGGAGGAGCUAGAUCAAUUGAAAACAAAACAAAAUUUACUUCCUUUUUCAUCUUGGUCAUUCUAAUGAGCCUAAUUUGGACAAUGCAAAUUCUCAAGAAUGUGAUUCAAGUCACAAUUUCAAGAAUAAAGUAUAUGAAUUUAGGUAAUGGAAUAAUCAUGGACACAAGUAUUGCAUUGCAUGAUACUAUAAAGUACUUAAUUGGAAGUGUUUCAAUUGGUUCAAUUUUAGUACCAAUUAUUUCAACCUUUAGAGGCUUUGCUAGGUCAACAAAACUUGUUGGUGGAGAUAUUGAUGAGUUCAUGUUUUCAUGUGUUAGUUGUUAUAUGGGAAUUGCAUCAAUUCUUGUGAGUUGUGGAAAUAGAUGGGGUUUUGUGCAUGUUGGAGUUUAUAAUAAAGGGUUUGUGCAAGCUUCUAAGGAUACAUGGGACAUUUUUAAUAGGGUUGGAUUGGAACAACUUAUAGACCUUGAUCUAACUGGAUCAUUUUGUUUCCUUAGUGGUGUGGGAGGGGGUGCAGUGUGUAGCCUUGUGAGUGGAAUUUGGAGCAUUGUAUUGCAUAGGAACUAUGCUACUCAAUUGGCCAUUUAUGCAUUUCUAAUUGGAUACUUUAUGGUUCGAUUGGCUAUGGCAUGGCCACAAGCAUGUGUUUCUGCUUACUAUGUUGCUUAUGCAGAGAAUCCACAAAGCACUCAUUUUGACUCAACUAUCCCUAUACGCUUGGAACAACUACAAAGAUCUCAAAUUUAGAUACAUAUUAUUCAUAUUGCUCCUAAGAUAUAUAAUUUCAUGUACAUAACACGUUGGAAAUAAUUUUUCUCUAUAUAUAAAGGUUUUUUAUAUUUAUUUAUAAAAAUUAUA